UGAGCGACGAAGCAAGAAGUACUUCGGGUCGGUCGGACGUGAAAUCCACGUCCUUAAAUCCGCCUCAAUCCCCACUCUCAGAUCCGUCUUCCUCCUCCUCUGUCCCCAUUUCUGCUUCGACCCUCUUGAGUUGAAUCCUUCCGUCUUCGAGUAGGAGUGCUUUUCUUGGUUGAACGAAUCAGACCCAGAAGAAAGAUAGCAUCAUUCGCAUUGGGUAGCUCGAAAGAUUCAACUUUGGUUGGUGGGUGUCCCUGUUUUGGAUCGACGGAGGCAGAGAGAGGGAGAGGGAGAGGGAGGGAGGGGGACACACAGAGUUUUUUCUGGGUUUCUUGGUUUUCUUGGGAUUUAUAUGGUCGUGAAGGGCUGUGAUGGCAGUGGUGGAGCAGAAACCGAGUUCUGAUCAGGGCAAAGUCUGGGGCUUCUUCAAGCUGCCGUUCCGGAACGCGGGGCCCGUCCCGAAUAGCUCGUCGUCGUCCUCGGUGUCGCACCUGGGUGGUCACCACCACCCGGGGGGUCCGCAGGUCGAGGGAUCCGAGGGGCAUCAUGGGUCGAGCUCGGUGUCGUCCGUCGCGAAAUCGCUCCUCCCGGCUCGGCGGAGGUUGAAGCUCGAUCCGUCCACGAAGCUCUACUUCCCAUAUGAACCUGGCAAGCAAGUUAGGAGUGCUAUCAAGAUUAAAAACAUCAGCAAAUCUCAUGUGGCUUUCAAGUUUCAAACAACUGCACCUAAAAGCUGUUUCAUGCGUCCUCCUGGGGCGAUCCUUGCUCCUGGUGAAAGUAUCAUAGCAACAGUGUUCAAGUUUGUGGAGCAUCCAGAGAACAAUGAAAAGCCGAUCAAUCAGAAGAGCAGUGUCAAGUUCAAGAUCAUGUGUCUGAAGGUGAAAGGAAUGAUGGAUUAUGUACCUGAACUGUUUGAUGAGCAGAAGGAUCAAGUGGUAGUAGAGAGGAUCCUGCGGGUUAUUUUUCUAGACCCCGAGCGUCCUUGUCCAGCUCUAGAAAAGCUGAAGCGCCAGUUGGCCGAAGCUGAUGCUGCCGUGGAGGCACGGAAGAAACCUCCAGAAGAUGCGGGGCCAAAGAUCAUCGGAGAAGGGCUUGUCAUUGAUGAAUGGAAGGAGAGAAGGGAAAGAUAUCUUGCUCGACAGCAGGUGGAAGGGGUGGACUCGGUGUAAGGUUUGUUUACCGAGUGAUUUAGUCAGGGUUGAUUAAAAAUUUACCGUACUUUGUUGGGUUCAUUUUUGGCCCGCACCCCUUCUUUUCAAGUGUAAUGUGAAAGAUGUCUCCGAGGAAUUGUGCAGGAAACGACAACUUCAUUUGUAAAAAAAGCGAGGUUAAUUUUCUGUGAUUUGAGGUGCAAGAUACUCUGUGCUUGUAGAUAACGUGGGUUUCCUCCUUAUCAUACGUGAAAUUGUCCGGUUUAGUUGCCUUCGAGUCUGUUGACGCACUCAUUGUUCUUUGUGACCAAUUGUCCCGGUCUGUCGCUGCUGAACUAAGUAUUCAAAAGGCGGAUAAUUUUUCUUUGACA